CUACUGUAUGGUACGGCUUUCAUGCUUGACAUAUCAUAACCGGUAUUUAUACCGGAUAUUAGACAGGAUUUAAACUUGGAUAAAUAAAAAGAAAAAAGACAUAGAAUUAUUCUGCAAUAGCUUCUGCAUCAGAGAUUAUAAAGCAACUAUGGGCGAACUAAACCACUAUCAUAUCACUAUGUUAGUUGACUCAGAAAAAGAAAAUGCUAUAAGGUCUUUAUUCAUUGACAAGGAUUGGCCAUGCUUAUUGAAAGUUGUGAAUGAUGAUAUUGUAACAGACAUAAUUGAGAGUGGAUAUACAGAUAUAUUUACAAUUGUAACUGCUGGUGAUGAUGAAAUCUUUAAAGAUACUGAAGAAGACAAAUUAGAAGGUAUAAUUGUAAAGACAAAGGAAACCCAUGUAGAAGAUCUCAAUGAAAAGUCUCAUAGUAAAGAGAGUGAACCACUUUCUAACAAUGAUGACAAUUUGUGGAAGGUCAAGGCCCAGAUAACGGACAGUGAAGUUAAGUCUCAGACAACAGACACUGAAUAUAUUGAUGGUGAUCAAUUUAAUGACUUCAAUGAGGAAUCAUCAAGAAAAUGUAGAAAUACCUCAAAAAAGAAGACAAAUUGUACAAAGCUCGCAGUGUCAUCAAGUAAACAAAAAGAGAAAAUAACAAGAGACAAAGAAUGCCAGCAGUCUCAGUCAAGUUAUAAAAGUGAAGCAAGUGCAAGUCAGGAACUAAAGAAAACAAAGUUUCAGUGUUCCAUGUGUGGACUGUACCUAGCUACCAAAGCUUCCCUUCACAGGCACUGCCAGUGUCGACAUGGAGAAGAAUGGUUUGAAUUUAAAUGCAAUGAUUGUCCUUGUAUGUUUAAGAAAGUUGAAGAAUUAUGGAAGCACAGAAAUGAUGUGAAGCACGACCCUCCGAAGGUAAAUCCAAAAUUUUCAGAAAAGAAAAAUCUCAGUCCUGAAGAGUUAGAGCAGCUGGGACAUUUAAAGUGCAAUGCUUGCAGCAAAAUAUUGCCAAGUAGACGGUUAUUAAGAAGACAUUAUUAUGCUGAUCAUCGAGAGUGUAUGCCAGGGCCAUUAUGUGCUGUGUGUGGAACAGAAUUUAAGACACGUCAGGAGUUGUGGAAACAUAAGCGUGAAAUGAAACAUAAUGACAGUUUAUCCUUAUUACAAACCUAUCAAUGUGAAGAGUGUGGGAAAGUUUUAACUGGUGGCUUCUCCUCGUUCAAACUACAUCAGAAAUUUGCAUGUAAAGAAGUGGAGGAAGGACCCCAGAUUCCAUGUGACAUAUGUGGAAGUUUGUUUAAGUCGAAAACCCAUGUGCAACAACAUAAAAAGAGAACACACAUUAAUGUACCUGUCGUCUGUGAUAUUUGUGGUACAGUGUGUAAGAAUAAACAUUCUCUAAAUAGCCAUAAAAGAAGGCAUGACUCGAAGAAUAAGAAACAUGUUUGUGAUAAUUGUGGGAAAGCAUUUAUUACUAAUCUUCUCUUGAUAAUGCAUAUGCGUACACAUACAAAAGAGAAACCAUUCAAGUGCCCCUUAUGUGAUCAUAGAUGUGCAAUAAAACAAAACAUACAGAAGCAUUCAGUGAAUGUUCAUAAAAGACAAAUAAAAUGUGCUGACAUAAUAACAGUGUCUGGGACAGAACUACAGGAUUAUAAUUCAGCAAAACAACAUGACGAAGAAUUCAAAGCAACCCAUGGUGUUGUUGAUAGUACAAAAAUGCACACUCAUGGGAAAUCACUUCAUAGAAAAGACUGUAGGCAAAAUGACAAAAUAAUAGAUUUUCAAAAUGAUUCGAACAAUUUCAGUCCUGAAAUGUAUAGAAAUAAUACUGACAAAGGAUAUCAAUUUAACGCAAUGGAUGUAGCGUAUGAUUUAAGUUUAUGUAAACAGAAUCAAGAGGUCAGUGCAGGAAAUGAAAUUCAGCCGGUGUCUGUUGAUUUCCAUCCUGGCAGCAAUGUUGCUGUCACAAUAUCACCUGCUGCAAAUUAUACAGAGUUAACAACCUGUAAACUUAAUCCAUUUUCAUAUUCUCAAACCAACAUGGACUCCUCCCAGUUUCAAACUUCAUGGGGAAAUACUUAAAAUAGAUAGCAUUAAUUUUAUUUUUGAUAAAGAUACUUAGUUAAAUUGUUUUAAAAAAUGGAAAUAAACAGAUUAAAAUGAA